AUGCCCUUGCCCAGGCGCCGGUCGUCCUUCCUGGGGCAGCAAGCCCCUUCCUCUGCCACCGAGAGCGUGGGGGGCCCGGGGCGCCGGGUGAGCGUGGGCAGCCUGUCACGGCCGCCUGGUGUCUAUGUGGGUGCCGUGCCCACAGGAGGAGUGAGCAGCUUGGGCACCCGCGUGUCCCGCCGAGCGCUGGGCAUCAGCAGCGUCUUCCUGCAAGGCCUGCGCAGCUCCUGCUCCGCCGUGCCCCUGGCCACGGGGCUGGAGAAGGGCAGGGGGUUCUCCUAUGAGAGCCUGAACGGCUGCCUGGUGGAGUACAUCGAGAAGGUGCGGGCCCUCGAGCAGGUCAACCAGGAGCUGGAAGAGCACAUCCGAGUCUACCUGGACAAGAAGUCCUCCAGCGUGGGCAGCUGGGGCGCGCUGCGGGAGAGCUGGGAGGCCGUGUACCACCAGGUGGGCGAAGCAGUCCUUGAGAACGCCCGUCUCAUGCUGCACACCGAGAACAUUCAGGCCUCUGCUGAAGACUUUAAGGACAGGUAUGAAAAUGAACAGCCAUUCAGAAAGGCAGUGGAAGAUGAAAUUAAUUCCCUUUACAAAGUGAUUGACGAUGCUAAUUUAACUAAAAUGGAUCUGGAGAGCCAGAUAGAAAGCAUGAAAGAGGAGCUAACUUUGCUGUCAAAGACUCACGAAGAAGAUGUGAAGGUAUUGUACAAACAGCUUGCUGGAUCUCAGCUGGAAGAACUUGAUGUUCCUCUGGGAAGUGGCCUGGACAACAUACUGGAAAAAAUCAGAAUCCAUUGGGAGAGAGACAUUGAAAAGAAUCGUGCUGAGGCAGGUGCCCUGCUCCGUACCAAGCAACAGGCUGAAGCGACAGCUGCAGUGCGAAGCCAAGAGGAAGAACUGGUAGAGGGCCUGAGAACUGAGUUCCAUGAAACUGCCUGCAAAAUACAGAGCUUGCAAGCCGAAACUGAGUCCUUGAGAACCUUGAAGAGGGGUCUGGAGAAUUCCCUAUACGAUGCCAAGCACUGGCAUGAGAUUGAACUGCAGAACCUGGGCUCUGUCAUUUCCAAGCUGGAGGCAGAGAUGGCAGAAAUCAAAGCAGAAACUGAGCAGCAGCAGCGGGAUCGUGAGAAUCUGCUGACCAACAAGCAGCAGCUAGAGAAAGACAUUGCUGCAUAUCACUGCCUUCUGGAUGGAGAGCAAAGCAGGUACUUUCAUCUGAAACAUGCAUGGGCACUCUGGGAAGAGAAUGUGACUAGAGCAGUUCUCAGGUUUCUUAAAGCUGGGUGGUAGGUGGGUAGGUUUGGAGAAGCUGCCAAAGGGGAGGAACACCCCAAAUCCAGCUGUGGUGAAAUUCCUGAUAUGUGGGACAGAACAGCUUUUCAGUAGUCACAAAAGAAUGAAGUUUAAAAAUACAGAAGGUCCAUCAGCCCCACUUCCCUGAAGGCAAAAUCUGAAAUUAAACAGCAGCUGCACCACCUGGGGGCUAUGCCUCUGGCUGCAAACCAUCCAUGCUGUUGUUUCUGUUUCUUGCCUUGGGUACGUUACACCUUCCCUCCUCUUCCAGUUAUACAGUCAAAACAUUAAAGCUGUCUUCCUGGGAAAGUUCCCUUUCUAAUCACGUAAGUUGCUCCUGAAGUCUCAGAACAGAAUUUGGCCUGUUCAGUGACCCUUUUUGAAGAAAUGUAUUUCAGAUUUCUAACAGUCAUCCUCAGGGAAUGGCCUGUAAACUCUUUUACAGCAUUGGACAGCUUGUCUGGUUGUUUUUUGUUAUCUGUGUGUGUGUGUG